UCCGAAUAACGCUAUAUACUCUGUAAUCCGAAUAACGCUAUAUCCAGGGUGAGGGGCAUACACUUGCUUAACUAAAUCCGAAUAACGCUAUAUCCAGUUUGAUCUACGGUCUGGCCUCUUAAUAGAGAGUAUAAAAGAACAGAAGAAAAAACGAUUGAAGGAAAGACCAACAAGAGAAGCUAGAGGGGACAGAAGUGGCCACUUACCACGUGGAGUUACAUAAAGUAUUCAUAAACUGACCUGAAAAUAAUUUAGAUGGUCCAUUUCCAGUACAUAUAUAUUUUCUUUUGGACAUCAAUCCUUUAAAAUUUAUUGUCAUUUUCCUCUCCUGUCAUUUCAUCAGAUGUACUAGCUUCAUAACUGUUUUCAGUACUGCUUCAUUUUUUCAGUUGUCGUUUGUAAUCCACUUAAAGAAAAUACUGCACAUACACCAACUUACCAGUUUCAACUUAUUGAUCAUGGCCAAGGACUAAAGGGGUUGCCCUAACCUGAUGACCUGAUUGGGUUAUUAACGUAUAUAUAUAAGGUAUAAAUGUAGAUGGUGGAGUUCCAAUAAGCUUAGCUUUUAAGUGUUUUGUGAAAAGUGUGUGAUAGCAAACCAAACCGACCUAUCGCUCUCAUCUCCAUAGUACUUUGGUCCAAUACUUGUUAUUACAAAAAUAUCUAAGAAAAUGUUUUACUAUUAGGGCAUUAUUUUCUUUGUCUAUUCCUUUCUAAUACCAUCUACUUCUGCUUCUGUUUACAGAUAAAAGCUUCUUUCAUAGCUAUUAAUAAUAGAAAGAGAGAGAGGGAAGAAAUCAUCACUUGGAAAAGAAAAAAUAAUAUGUUCUCUUUUUAGCCCUCAUGAACAUUUCUAGGGAGAAGCAACUGCCUUCAGAUCCCUCUUGCAUGGCUUCCUCCACAGCUUUUCCAUGUCAAGAUUCUCUAAACCAGAGGCAAGAACAGAGUUUUAAGGAUGAAGAAGCAGACGUUAACGAUUCUACUCAAGAACUCAAUCUCCUCGACUGCAUAGACACGAGUAUCGAUGUUAACCAGAGUUAUAACGGGUCGAUUACACCCACGGAACACAAACUAUUCUCAUGCAACUACUGUCAAAGAUCUUUCUAUAGCUCACAAGCACUUGGUGGUCACCAAAACGCACACAAGAGAGAGAGGACGUUGGCAAAGAGAGCGCAACGAAUGGGAGCCUCAGCUUCGGCUUUUGGACAUCCUUACGGUUUCUCUCCAGUUUCUUUCCAUGGACAAUACAAUAACAGGUCUUUGGAAAUUCAAGCGCACUCGAUGAGCCACAAUAUAAGUUCAUAUAACGGGUUUGGUGAUCAUUAUGGUCAUAUCAACUGGUCAAGACUACCACUUGAUCAACAACCAGCAAUAGGUAAACUUUCUUCAGUGGAUCAUUUUCAUAAUCAUCAUCAGCAUCAUCAUCAGAUGAUGAUGAUGAUGGAUCCUUCAGUAACUACACGGUCCAAUAACAUGGCUAGAUCAUCGAGCAACAUAGGAAGGAAUCUAGUAGGGUCACUGACUCUUGAACAAUGGCAAGGAGACGAAGGAUUGUUUAGCACAAUUCAGGAAGAGAAACAGAAUCUUGACUUAUCCCUCAAGCUUUAAAUGUCUUUUUCUUGAUUCUUGCAUUUAGUAGUAUCUUUUACUGUGUUUUCAUUGAUUGUUAUCAAUUAACACUCUUAUGUGUAUAUGUUC